CCUGACAAUACAGUUGUUGACAUCACGUACAUCAAUCUACGCAAUCAAGAUACAAUGUACGAUGACAUGCAUCAAAUAAGGCAGCGAGCCUUGCCACCCAAACCUGUUAUUCGCCUCUUCCGACAAGCAUGGGUCGCUGAGGAGAAAUUUAACCCGGAUCUUCAUGGGUUAGUGUGUAGUGGACACCAAACUGGGUCAUUCGAUCAUACCUAGUUUAUUGAAAUAGUAUUGAUUAUCAUAUACCUAGAGUCUGUAAUGUAUGUCCUAGUACGACGGUAGCACUGUGGCACGAGGCGAGCCCCCGCCGCACGCAACCAUGUGAUUAAGCGUUACAACGAGAAUGAUCUCGGUUCACAUAACGGUCCCAGAAGACACUGUCUUGCAGUUUGUAUUACCACGCUGUCAGCCCGCAGUACAAAGACAGGCUAUUGGACCACUGUGUUAUCUCUGUGGUCAUGACUGUGGUCGUCGAAAGACAACAUAUGAGCUGAGAGUGCAUUAAAAGGCCGUGUAGAUUGUACUGUAGGCAGGUAAGGGCAUUUGAUCAAGUGUUUCCCAUGUCCUGUCGACACCGUGUCCUAGUUAUUUGAAGGUUAUGUUAGAUAUAACGCUCAUAGUUAUAUUGAAUAGACGUAUGACACAGUAACAACAGAAUGCAGUUUUAUGCAUGUUCAUUCAUGAGUACUGCAUACAGGAUCUGCGUCGCCUCCUAUUGUUGAUGUAAUUCAAACUGCAACGUCUUCAACGCCAUCAACGCCAACGCCAUGCCGCUACUGACAAAUACACGCGCUGAGAAAGUGAGACGAUUAUGUAAGCAGGGGAGUGAAAUGGAGGGCCCCGGGCAGAUCAGACUGUUUGAAGAAGCACUGACUGAAGCAGAACACCUUGGCACAAACAGAGAGAAAAAUGUAUGUAUAUGCCGCCUCAACCUUGCUACAGCAUACGUACACACUGCUGAUAGAAUCCAGACAGGUAUAGACAUGUUGAGUGACAUGACAACCACGGCUGAGAAACAUCACCCCGUCAUCCUUUCAGACAUUUAUUAUUACAAAGCAGUGGGGAUGAUGCGUGUGAAGGGGGAUCGAGUCCUUUCACGCACAGAGUCAGAUGGUAUCCUACAUGCCCUGUACCAAGCUAAGCAGUAUGAUGACGACAGUGGGUCGGAUACAUGUCUGAAGCAAUACAUCUUAACAGCACUUUUGCGUUUCGAACGCAGAGACAGUGAGCGUUGUGAACUUCUGAAAGAAAAGAUUCUCGCGUACAAACAGGACAGGGAUUCAGAGGACGUGGACUCUGUACUGCAGAUGGUGUAUGAGAUGAUGAACCUGUUGCUGAAACGUGACCCAAAGGAGGCUAAAGAGGAAGGACGGCGUUGUCUGGCCGUUAUUCCCGAGGAUGAUUCCAGUUGUACCAGUAUCUCCACGACAACCUGGUGUGACCUUGGACUUGUCUACACUCAAAUACAAGAAUAUAGAAACGCUGUGAAGUACUUCGAAAGGUCCCAUGGUAAACUUCAGGAGGCUGACUCGUUUGCGGAGAUGCCACAGCAAUGUCUGCAGAUGCGCCACAACAUAGCAGCCGUGUAUCUUCUUCAGAAAGAUUUCACAGCAGCAGUCAGUACAUACGCAGGCGAAGAUGGAAAGAAAAGCCUUGAUGAUCUCCGGAAGGAGAUCCAGGACAAGGACCUACUGUCCCAUGCCUACCUUAACCUGGCGUUCGCGUAUCUGCGACAACGGUUCCCAGAGAAUGACGCUCUGGGGCAGGAGGAAGCCCUUCAGCUUGCCUACACAAACUACAAGACUGCUCUGGACAUACAGAUUGAAACUGGAGACAUGGAAGGGGCACACACGUCCCUGGAGGGUCUAGCAGCCACUGUACUCACGAUGGAGAGGUCGGUGAAGACGCUGGAGUGGAUGAAGCUGGAUCUAGGACUGAUGGACUACCAGGCUGAACAACUGAAGGCAAAUAUCGGGAAGAUAGUGAAAGAACUCGCCGCCAUGAAAAGUGACCAUGACGAACUUGUAAAAGAGAAAGAGAUUUCUAUAAAGACAGAUCAUGGCCAAACACAUUCUGUUAAGGGGAAACAUAAGCGCGAUGAAAAGAUAAGUGGUUCUAAAACUCUUAAUAAGACAAAUGACGCUAAAACUUCUAUUAAAAAAGCAGAAUCGAGUUCAGCUGCUAAGAAUGACAAUUUUAAAUCAGCUGGCAAGAAUGAUGCCGAAUCUAAAUCAGCUGGCAUUGAGCCCGAAUCCCAUUCAACUGGUAAGAAAGACGAUUCACAAAACGCCGACAGUGGAAAUAAAUCCCACAAGAGUGUGAAAGAUAAAAAACCUGCCCGUGAAGAAUUACCAGCAUGACAACCGCAAUGAUAGUGAUGACUGCAGUGUAACAUUGCAACAAGAGCUGGUUCAAGAACAUUGUUUAUUGAUUUCUUUCUGAUUAUGUUACAACUGUGUGAUGUAUAGACUGUUAUAGAGAAGAGAAAUAUUAAAUUAAAUGUUACCAAUUUCUCUACUGUGGUUUGAUAAUGCCCCGUGUUAGGUACACAUCUACCAAUAACAUUCGAUCCCAUUUGCGUGGAUCGACGCUCAUGAUGUCAAUCCUUGAACUGUCUGAUUCAGACUCGAUUAUUUACAGACCGCCGUCAUAUAGCUGGAAUAUCGCGUUAAAG